UCUUGUCUCCUAACUAGCUUUCUAAUGGAGUUUCUUCUUUCACUCCCAACAAACACCAUAGCCCCAAAAAUCUUUGCAGUUUUAUUACUCUUCAUAUGUUUACGGAUACUCACAAAUGUCCUCAAACCCAAGAAAUCCAAGACAUCCCCACCACAAGCCAGCGGCGCCUGGCCUUUGAUUGGCCACCUCCUCCACCUCCGCGGCCCACAGGCACCACACAUAACAUUAGGCAAGAUGGCUGAUAAAUACGGUCCAAUCUUCAAAAUAAAGCUAGGCGUGCAUCCAACUCUUGUCAUAAGUGACUCCGAGGUGGCCAAAGAGUGUUUGACCACACACGACAUAGCCUUGGCUGGCCGUCCAGCGACUGUGGCCAUGGAAAUCAUGGGAUACAAUCAUGCCAUGUUCGCUUUCAGCCCAUACGGCCCAUAUUGGCGUCACAUGCGCAAGCUAGCCACCGUUGAGCUUCUAUCCGCUCAACGGCUCGAAACGUUUAAGCACAUAAGAGAAUCUGAGCUUAAGCGUUCCAUGAAAGAGAUGUACCAAUCAUGGGUUCAUAACAAAAGCGGUAGCGGCGAUUCGAAUCAUGUUACCGUGGACAUGACUAGAAUUUUGGGAGACAUAAUCGCAAACGUAAUAUACAGGAUGGUGGUAGGAAAAGUGUAUGCGAGUAAGGGUGAGGAGGAUGCGAGAUGGAAACAAGUAGUGUGGGAGUAUAUUAAGUUGCUGAGCCACUUUGGUGUGGGUGAUGCGUUGCCAUUUUUGAGGUGGUUGGAUUUGGGAGGUGUUGAGAAGUCCAUGAAAAAGGCAGCCAAAGAAUUGGACAUUUAUGUUGAAGAGUGGUUGGAAGAACAUAAAAAGAAGAGAUCCGAGCGUAAGAGUGAUAAUGGAAUUGUAGAAGAAGACUUCAUGGACGUUAUGCUCUCCGUUUUUGAUGAUGAUGAUCAACUGGAGAAUUUUGCUCAUCAUAGUGCUCAUACAAUUAACAAGGCCAUGUGCUUGGCUAUUAUAUUGGCGGCCUCUGACACCACUAAGACUACUUUGACUUGGGCUCUAUCACUAUUACUCAAUCACCCUGACGUCAUGAAGAAGGUCCAACAAGAGUUGGCUGCUCACAUUGGUCCAGAUAAACCAGUGAAGGAAUCAGAUGUCAAAUCUUUGGUCUACCUUGAAGCAGUUGUUAAGGAAACAUUACGAUUAUACCCUCCAGGUCCACUCGGGUUACCACACGAGUCUAUGGAGGACUGCACCGUAGCCGGUUACCAUGUUCCAUCAGGGACUAGGAUUCUCUACAACCUCUGGAAGAUUCAACAGGAUCCGCAGGUGUGGGAGAAUCCUUCAGAGUUCAAGCCAGACAGGUUUCUGACAACACAUAAGGACGUCGAUGUUAGGGGACGUAACUUUGAGUAUUUACCAUUUGGGAGUGGUAGAAGAAUGUGUCCUGGAAUGUCUUUCGCUCUUCAAGUCAUGGAGGUUUCACUUGCUAAUAUGCUUCAUGGGUUCGAUUUUGCCACUCCAAAUGGUAAACCAGUGGAUAUGACUGAAGUUAAUGGAUUGGUCACUGACCGUGCAACGCCACUUGAAGCCCUCAUCACUCCACGCCUCCCAGCUCAUCUCUAUAUGGGCUGAAUGAAUUGGAAUGUCAAUAAUAGUGCUUUGGUCAAUUAUAUGUCUACUUUGCUUGCUGGUUUGUAUGUUACAUAAAGAAUAAUAAUACAUGCAGUUUCGUUUUUGUAUCA